UCUCUCUCAGCAAAGAAACCCAAAGUAACACUCUCACAGCACCUCCUUUUCCGGCAUUUUCUUCACCUCUCAAAUGCUUCAUUCCUGCUCCACAACACACUACCACGACAGUUUGCGAUGAAUUCAAUUUGUACAUUAUUAUACUAUGGCGGAGAGCCUUGCUGUGAUGAUGAGAAGCAGGGAUUGCCGUAUAAAGGGCCAGGUAAAAAGUGCGAGAUUAUUCUGCUAAAUAGUAGCCUGAACACCCUGGAUGGUUUGAAAAGGGAAAUUAUGAAAGAGCUGGAUGUGAACCCUCAGUCGCAUGACAUAACAAUUACUUAUCGUGCUCCUCAUGAAGUCCUCAGUCACCACGUGACAUACAGGCAUGUAUUGAUAAAAGGAAACAAACAUGUUAAGAUCAUGUUUGACAAGAUGAAGUCAACGCCCGAAGUAAAAGAUAUUGAGUUGUAUAUAAGUGUGAAACCUCGUAUGGAAGUUGGAGGGAAAGAAGGGCAAAAAAAAACUUUGGAGGGUGAGGGAUGCAUCAACAACACUAUUGCAAUCAAGUCUGCUCCUUACAAGGUGCAGGACAUGAAACAGAAGUCACUUGUUAUGGAUUGGGAUGAAUACUACAAUCUGUUACCAAAAUUGAUGAUGGCACUUAAAGAUUCAAAUCCAACUACAAAGGUUGAAUGGAACUUCGUUAACAGUCCAGUCCAAGGAAAUGCUUUCUUUCGGCGUGUAUUUUGGGCUUUUGGUCCUUCAAUUGAAGGGUUCAAACAUUGUAGGGCAGUUAUCAGUAUUGAUGCAAUGGUUUUGUAUGGAAAAUACCAAGCCUGGUUGUUGAUUGCAAUGGCAGUUGAUGCUGAAAAUGAAGUUUUUCCACUUGCCUUUGCUAUUGUGGAAGGAGAAUCGUGCGCUAGCUGGUCAUGGUUUUUAUCUUGUAUUAGGUUGUAUGUCACUCAACGCCAAGGGAUUUGUCUCAUAUCUUCCCAACACAAAGGUAUCAUUUCAGCCCUAUCUAAUCCGCUUUUUUGUUGGCGGCCUGAUAAUAUGUUUCAUCGAUUCUGUCUUCGUCACAUAGCAAGCAAUUUCAAUGAAAGGUUUCAUGACAAACAUUUGAUGGAAUUGAUUAUGAAGGCAGGUCAUGCUAAUCAGCUUAGGAAAUUCAAUGCUAUAAUGGAGGCCAUUAGAAAUUAUAAUUCAGAUGCCGGAAAAAGCUUGGAUGAAAUCCCACUUGAAAUGUGGACCUUGGCAUAUGAUGGUGGGCGGCGUUAUGGGGUAAUGACCACUCACUUACCUGCGUGCUUAGAUGUUUUAUUGAAAGGUGCACAGAAUCUGCCUAUAACUGCGAUGGUGCAAUCAAUUUUCAUUAAACUUGCUCAGUACUUCAAUAAUCGCCGCAGUAAGAUUCAAGCUCAACUAAAAGAAGGUCAAUUAUUCAGUAAAUAUGCCAUAAAUAAAUUUGAUAGAUAUGUGGAGAAGUCAAAAAGGCAUACUAUAACAAUCCUUGAUCGGGAGCAUGGUACAUUUCAUAUAUGGAUAUCUAUGAAUCCAGGGAUUGUAAAUAGAGGUAAUGAUUCUCAAGUGGGUUCAGGGUUUGGGUUUGCAAGUAGGGGCAAUCGUUAUCAAGCAGUUAAGUUGGAUGAGAGAACAUGCAGUUGUAGGAAAUGGCAGAUAUUUAAGAUCCCUUGUUCACAUGUAAUUGCAUCUUGUCAUGCUGUGUCACUGAAUGGCCACCAGUUUAUUGAUCCAUGCUACAGAUUGGCAGAACAACUUGCUUGCUAUAAGCCACAAUUUAAUUCAAUACCCAAUGUCCCAUACCGGCGAGAGGCCAAGCUCCCCAAGUUAUACACUAACCCUAGUAUGGCUAGACAACAAAGUUGCCUAAAACCACCACCACUCCGGAAUGAGAUGGAUUACAGGAAAAAUCAACCACCAAAACGCGGAGUGUGCCAUCAAGAAGAACGUAAUCAUAGAAAACGUCCCAAUGUGAACCUUACAGCUUCAAGUUGUGAUUCUUCAACCCAGCAAAAGGAGGGUUCUAGCACUCAAAUUUAGCCGAAAAGAAAUGAAGAAUCUGGACAAGAGGUUGGGACCUUUUCUUGACGUUUUGUUACAAGGCUCAGAAAGUUGGUGCUAAUGUGAAAGGAAAUCUACCUGUGGUGAUCAUGGAUGAAGAUUGCUAGGCUGACCACCAGGUAGUUUGGAAUUGCUAUUUUGAUGUACAAAGUGGAUGAUGAGGACUUUAAGCCCCCCUAGAAAAAAGGCACUGUACCUACUAUCUUUUUGUAAGUAACUAGUACUCCUAUCUUUUUGUAAGAACUGAAAUGA